UGGCCGGCCCAACACCUUCUGCGAAUUACAUCCGUAUUCACCUGCCUCGUUUUCCUGCCCUCCUCCUCUAGGUGUUACUCUAAUUUGUCUAUUUUACACACCGUUUUUCUAAUUCACAGCAUGGACACCGAAGAGCCUCAGCAGCAUGAGAAACAACGGCCAUUAACACCAGACAGCCCGCUGCCCCAGCUACCCUCAGCACACGUAAGCUCACGCACUAGCCCGCACCACAGACAUCAUCGUCGUCGCUCAGAGAGCAACGAGCAGCGGGGGAGCACCGUAGGGACGGCAGUAAGUCCAGGGACGGGACUGCGAACCGGGACUAUGGUCAUAAAUCGAGGCACAGAGGAGCGGGUCGGGACGGCACGGCACACAGUAGUCUUACGAGCUGGCUCAAAGACAGUUUCAAACAGGGACCAGACGGUAGUGAAGAUAAGAGCACGCAUCCCAGGAAACACCGCUCAGAGUCUUCCUCGUCCCGACAACGGCCUCGCAGGGCAUCAGUGGCAAAGACGCCGUCGGGCUUUAGUGCGCUUGGACGAUUGUUCCAUCGCUCGCCGUCGCCUCGGCCACUGGCGAGUUCAGAAAGAAGGAAAAGGCGCGAGCGCCACGAGCAGCCAGGGGUGGCGAGGAAGCGGCCGGCUACACCUCCUGUGCCAGUAGAAGUGGCAGAGCAUGAAGACAGCGGCGUCAGCGAUGCUGAGAAGAUGCAGACAGCAAAACAGCCAGCAACUGUAGCAGAGGGCACCGCUGGACCCCAGCAGCGACUGUCUGGAAGUAGCUAGAGACGAAGCUCUGCAGGGUGACGGUUCUGAGGCAGAGAGUCUGGCGCAAAUCCCAUCAGCGGAAUCGCUGG